UGACAAAAUGGAACCCACCAGCAGAGGAGACCUGAAAGUGGCACAUGGCAGAGUGUGGCGAUGGAGACCACAGCAGCAAUUGGAGGACGGCCGUACAGGGACCCAUGAGAGACUCUGGACCUGGCAGCAGGACAUGAGGAGGGGGGUACAGGGGCCCAUGGCAGAUUUACGGGCCUGGCAGCAGCAAUGGGAGGCCCGUAAUCUGCCAGCACCCUAUGACAAAAUGGAACCCACCAGCAGUGUGAGGAGACCUGAAAGUGGCACAUGGCAGAGUGUUGCGAAGGAGACAGCAGCAAAGGGAGCCGUACUCAGGGACCCCUGAGAGACUCUGGACCUGGGCAGCAGCAUGA